CCUAUGCUGGCGUCAAAAUCCCCAAGAUCGUUAAAUAUUCAGAAUCAGCUUCGUCUCCACCAAGAAACCGCGCAUUCCCUGCUCCGGCAAUUCAUACUAGUGCAUUUCUGGGAGCUCAUUUUGCAAUUUGCUCAUCAGGAUUAGUAAAAUUGUGUUGAGAAAUCAAUGGGUGAUAGUCAGUACUCUUUCUCCCUCACCACUUUCAGCCCUUCGGGAAAACUUGUUCAAAUCGAACAUGCUCUGACUGCAGUUGGAUCUGGGCAAACAUCCUUGGGAAUUAAAGCUACUAAUGGCGUUGUUAUUGCAACUGAGAAGAAACUGCCAUCGAUUUUGGUUGAUGAAACAUCUGUGCAGAAAAUUCAGAGUUUGACUCCAAACAUUGGAGUUGUAUACAGUGGCAUGGGCCCCGAUUCUCGAGUUUUGGUUCGAAAAAGUAGAAAACAGGCUGAGCAAUAUUAUCGGCUUUAUAAAGAACCAAUUCCGGUGACUCAGUUGGUGAGGGAAACUGCUACUGUUAUGCAGGAGUUCACUCAGUCGGGUGGCGUGAGGCCCUUUGGUGUAUCACUUUUGGUUGCUGGAUAUGAUGAUAAGGGCCCCCAGCUAUAUCAGGUUGAUCCUUCAGGUUCAUAUUUCUCUUGGAAAGCUUCAGCCAUGGGAAAGAAUGUUUCUAAUGCAAAGGCAUUUCUGGAGAAGAGAUAUACCGAGGGGAUGGAACUUGAUGAUGCUGUUCAUACAGCGAUUUUGACUUUGAAGGAGGGAUUCGAAGGGCAAAUUACUGGCAAAAAUAUUGAGAUUGGCGUGAUUGGCAGCGACAGAAUAUUCAGGGUUUUGAGCCCAUCUGAAGUGGAGGAUUACUUGCAAGAGGUGGAAUAGUUGAGUUCCAUCUCUCGACUAUUACAAUUAUCCGGCAUAUCCUGUAUUGGCCUGAAAAUCUUCACUUCUCUUUCCUUUUGUAUUUCAGCAAAAGAUUUUAGAGAUUUGUAUCCUCUGAAAUUUUUAUUGUAAUCUCGGUUUUUACUCUGAUAAUGUAUUUUUCACAAUAUCAAGUCAGGUCUCUAGAUUCUGUGGUUAAAA